CGCCGCAAUCUCCAACUCCUCGUGGCCCCACCCCCGCUCUCCCCCAGCGUGCGUGGAGUCCAUCGGAGGAGCGCGACACAGAAUUAGCAGCAGCAGCAGAAGACGAAGACGCGGCAGCCAUGGGGAACUGUGAAACCGUGGGGCCCAACGAGGCGCUCGUAGUGUCGGGUGGUUGGUGUGGCGCUGAUGAGAAGAAGUACGUGACCGGAGGAUGGUCAUGGGUGUGGUGCUUGGUCUCCCAAGCUCAGAGACUGCCCCUGGAGCUGAUGACGCUGAAGCCUCAGUGUGAGCACGUGGAGACGUCCGAGGGGGUGCCGCUGUAUGUCACGGGGGUGGCACAGGUCAAAGUCAUGACAGACAAGGACCUCCUGGCUGUGGCCUGUGAGCAGUUUCUGGGUCGCACGGUGGAUGAGAUCAAGAGCGUUGUUCUGCAGACCCUGGAGGGCCACCUCCGAUCCAUCCUCGGAACCCUGACCGUGGAAGCUGUGUACCAGGACCGGGACCAGUUCGCGCAGCUUGUGCGGGAGGUGGCCUCGCCUGACGUGGGCCGCAUGGGGAUUGAAAUCCUCAGCUUCACCAUCAAGGACGUUUAUGACAAGGUGGAAUACCUGGCCUCCCUGGGCAAGACGCAGGCGGCGCUGGUGAAACGAGACGCCGAAAUUGGUGUGGCCCAGGCCGAGAGAGACGCAGGCAUCCGGGAGGCCGAGUGCAAGAAGAACAUGAUGGACGUCAAGUUCAACGCCGACACGAAAAUCGCCAACUCCAAGCGAGAAUACGAGAUGCAGAAAGCCUUUUUCAACCAGGAGAGUCAAACCAAGAAAGCCGAGGCGCAGCUGGCGUACGAGCUGCAGGCCGCCAAGGAGCAGCAGAAGAUCCGGCAGGAGGAAUGCCAGAUAGAGGUGGUGCAGCGGCGCAAGCAGAUCGACGUGGAGGAGCGCGAGAUCCAGCGCACGGAGCGCGAGCUCAUCGCCACCGUGCGCUGCCCCGCGCAGGCUGAGGCUUUCCGCGUGCAGCAAAUCGCCGAGGGAGACAAGAUCAAGCGCGUUCUGGCUGCCCAGGCCGACGCUGAGAGGAUCAAGAAGAUCGGCGAUGCAGAGGCGGCCGCCAUUGAAGCCAUCGGGCGGGCAGAGGCAGAGGAGAUGCGGCUGAAGGCCGAGGCCUACAAGCAGUACGGCAAAGCCGCCAUCAUCUCCAUGGUGCUCGAUGCCCUGCCCAAGAUCGCAGCGGAGGUGGCGGCGCCGCUGCAGAAGAUCGAUGAGAUUGUGAUCCUGAGCGGAGAGGGAAACCGCACCACGACGGAGGUGACGCGGCUGCUGGCGGAGCUUCCUACCACCGUGCAGGCCCUCACCGGCGUCGACCUCAGCAAGUCUCCCCUGAUUCAGAAAAUGACCGGGGUGCAAGCGUGAGCGUGCACCGUGGGGGGGGGGGCGAUCGCCGUCUCGCCUCGCUGGUGCGCCGCCUCCUCGCGCACACUCCAUGGGCUCGAGCCUCGCUGCAGGCGCGUCGGCAUCCUGGCCAUCGUAUCGUUGGGAUCCUUAAGACGGCCGUGUAACUUAAGUGUACUUGCUAACACCUCACUAGCCUGAAGAAAAUAAAAAUACUUAAUCAUCUCACCUGUCACUGUAAUCACAGUGUGGAAUACGUCUGGGGAUUCAAUUGUCACUCAUUAUCAGAAUCGCGGCCUCGUGGGCCAUGGCGCACGGUUGCAGUGUGGUAGUUUGUAGCGCGGUCUGAUUUAUGAUUUCCAUGCCCUGUUUUGUGUUGUCCAGAAACAGCUGCUCCUGGUUUUUGUUGAUGAUCGGCUUCUGGAUCCGAACGCGUAAGGAUUUAACUACUUGCGUUCCACCGUACAUUCGUAACAAACAGUUGCGAUAAUAGGCAGGCAAUUUCACCUUGUUUAGCAGCCCCGGUACGCAUUAUCCCCCAUGCUCAAACGACGGGGGGAACCCUGUUCUCGCGGCAGCCAUUGGCGAGGAGCAGGACACGUUGCUCAUGGAUCUGGUGCGCGGUGCUGAGGCUCAGGCCCAAGCGUUCGUGGGCCUCCCUGUAACCCUGCCGUAAGCAGGGCCCCCGCCCUAAAGCCGUGCAAUUCAACCCUCGGUGCUGUUUUGUUUGAUUCUGAUGCUGAUCGACUUAAAAUCCCAGUGUGAACAAAUUUUCUUUAUCUUGCAUGUCAUUGGUUCAACCCACGUGACAGCCUACGGACACGAUAAAAAAACAUCGUUUCAUGGUGUGUCCUUUUUUACUUUAGUUUUGGUGAAUGUUUUAUAGUUUGCAAAUAUGUACUAGUUCGUCAUGACAGUUUCACACCAAAUGCGCGUCACAGAGUGUAGCGGUUAGCGCGCUGCGCUAUGAACCUGACGACCCGGGUUCGAUUCCCGCUCACGGCCAACACCAGUGACAAUUAUCUGAACCGGUCCCGGGCCUCCCCUAGGUCGACUCAGACUCAAAUGAGUACCUGCUGCGGUGCGUAAAACAUCGCCACUAGGGAGACAAAGGCGGUCGGGCGUGGUGCUGGCCACCCACCCCCUCGUGUACCGUUCCGGCCUUCAUAGGUGCUCGCUAACAGCACUUGCCCCCUACAGUCUGUUGAGGCUAUAUGGGGGGAUCUUUCACUCUCCACUGAGCCAUCUACAUAUCACACCGGGUGUCUUGUCAAGUCGAAAACAUUUGCAAUGCUGCGCAUCGUCGCGCUGCACGCCAACGCUGCUCGGCUCCCGCGGCCACCUCCAGUGUCGCUCCUCCAACACGCCUCCUCCGCUUCUCGAAGUCGCGGCGAGGGCGGCGAGGGGGUUGUCGGGUGGCAGGUGUGGGUGGUCCCCCCGCCUCUUGGGCUUGAGGUUUUCUCGUUUUUUUUUUUCAUCGUAAUAGUGCGGGGCAUUUUAUUUAAAUUUUAUUCAUUUAACGAUGCGGACAGUUUGAACGUUUUAGCAUACAAAACAAACAAACGGGUUAUUGUUCAUUAUUCUAGCACAGGCCCUUCGCUUGUGAAGGUGCGUUCCGUUCUUCUAACGUUCACUGGCAGUAUUACAUUUGAACAACUCGGGGGGGGGGGGGGGGGGUGGGGCUCCCCCGAUGGGCUUGUGGUGGUGUGGGCUGUGCAGCGUUGGGUGUCUGGUGGCUCGCACUGACUAGGACAGAACAUGUUUUAUGCAUUUGUAGUCUUCGCGACUUGGCAUUCGUGGAUAUGAACCUAUUGUCUUUUACUACGUUUGUUUUUUUUAUUUUCGGGAACGUGAAGUUUAUCCGAAGUUACGUCACACUUCUGAUUGGUACUUUUCGUAUGCAAUUGUCUACGUUAUCUUCAAUUGUGUUCAUCAUUUGCGGCGAGAUGGCAAGAAAAACCGCCACGUGGGGUCACGGCCAGCCCUUUGCGUCACUUGCAUCACAUGGAUCCAUUGAGAACGCAAAAUGCAGCCUGUUAACCCUGCAUUGUAAGACUGGAUUUUUGCAUUUCCCAUUUACGCUUGUAACAUACACAAUCGGUGGCCUUUAACAGAGUUCUGAAUGCAGUCGCAAACGUGAUGGCGAUCGCCUCUGGUUCCACGCAGGGGACCUCCUUAUGCUGUUACAACAGGAAACCCCAUCCUCAUGGACUGCGCUUGGCAUCUAUGGAUGCACCUGACAUUCUUUGUGUGUAGUUGAUUCUAUCGUUAUAUAUAAAAAAAAAUCCUGGGAAUUUUUUUUUUGGGUUCGUCAUUACGAUAUUGCGAGUAACAAUACGCAGAAAAACUGCAACGGCCGAGAAAUAAUAUGCAGGAUAUUAGAAACGUAAUGUGAUUUUUGUUGUUUAUCUACCGAAAAAAAAUGUCUCUGGAAAUGGGGGCCCUGCAGUGUGAGGCGUUCACUGAAGAAAAUUGAUCGUUGACGCAAGGAAAAUCUCCUGCGAUUAAUAUUUGCGGUGUUAUUUCAACCCAAAGUAAAACUGAUGUCAAAUUAUAAUAAAUCACUGUCAUUGUAAUAGUCGAAGCUUUACUUAAAAAAACAACUGUAUAAAAGCUCCCCAGAAAUGUUUUUUCCCCAGGAAUAUUUUUUCGUGGAUAUUGUUAAGUGUUAGAAUUCCGCGCCAUUAAUUAAUCGGUUUCUUAUUUGCAUGAUGCGCGUGUUUGUCAAUUUUUUCUACAACAGUGACCUGCCAAGGCACACGGUGAGGGCGUUAACCUCGCUCAGUCGGUGACCUUUUAACCUUGAGAGUCCAAUGAAACCAAAGCCCCUUUGCAACAGAGGCCUCGUAAACCUACAAGGAGAGAACUCUAUGAAAAACAAAUGCUCCAUUUUUGUUGUGUGCAUGUAUAAGAUUACUGAUGUGACACAUCUACAUUACAGCUUGACCGCACAUGUAAACUGUCAUGCAUUUGUAAUUAACUUUAAUAUAAAGGAGGCUUCAGUGGGCGUGGAGAGUGAUAAAACAUCUCCCAUGACAUCUUGCUAUGCCCCCUUACAUCGAUGACGCUACACCACACGGCACUGUCUCCUCACCCACGUGGUGUAGCAGACAGCACAGUCUCCUCACCCACGUGGUGAAGCAGACCACCGUCUCUUCACCCACGUGGUGCAGCAGACGGCACCGUCUUCCUCACCCACGUGGUGCAGCAGAUGGCACCGUCUCCUCACCCACAUCACGAGCCCCUCUAGUGCCUUGUGAUAGUUGCACCGAAAGGCCGUAAAUACUCGAACUUAACUUUUUAUUUUACCAGGUAAGGCCCACUGAGCUAUACAGUCUCGCUCUUUAUUUUUAGUAGCGACCUGGCCACAAAUGAUAGCUCGACGUCGUGACUUAUGUGGACAUUUAUAACAGCUAAAUACUCGAAAUGCGUGAUGUUGAUUCUAAAUGUAGUGGGGGAAACCGAAGAACCCGGAGAAAAAUCCAUGCAGCCGACGGACCCUCUUGUCCAUCAAUGGCUUUCUAAACGCCCAUGUGUUGGCAGCUGCAUGCGUUAUAUUAUGAAGGUAAAAUGUGCGGUAAUACCCAUAUAUCAAGUAAUGAAUAAACCAUACUAAGUUGAUGUGAAACGUG